AUGGACAAUCGAACCAUUGCAUGUUCAAUAAAUGUUUGUCAAAAUAAUGGCAAAUGCUUUCUUUUAGACAACGGUACAACAAUAUCACCAUAUUGUUUGUGUAAUAGAUGUUUUGUAGGUAGUCGAUGUGAAAUUGAACAAUAUUCAAAAAAUCUUUGGAUCUAUGGUACAUCAAAAGAAAAUAGAAAAUAUUAUAAUCCAUAUAAUGAAACACUUAUACUUAGUUUACUUGGUAUAGUAUCAUUCAUAAACAAUCUAUUAUCAUUACAAACUUUUUUAUUUUCGAAAAAAAUUCGUAUAACAAAUCUUGGGAUAUAUUUAAUCUUAUUUUCAUUAACUGGUUUAAUUGUUAGUAUUAUACAAAUUGUAUUUGCAUUUAUGAAUUUAACUUUCAAUUUUAAAGAACUGCCAGAAUUAAAUCAUUUGAUACAGUGUGCAUUUAUACGAAUAUUUCAAAAUUCAUUAAGUUUCUGUCUCUAUUGGUUUUGCUUAUAUAUUGCUAUUGAACGUGUUCUUAUUGAAUAUUCAUUUGUUAGUCUUUAUGAUUCAAGACGACGUUCAUUUGUUUCUUCAAGAUCACUCUUUAUAUUAGUACCAUUAACAAAUCUAUUUCCAAUUUUAUUUGGUCGAAAAAGCUAUAAAUAUAAUUUAUAUAAUUUUUGUUUAUUAAACUUUACAUCAAUUGGUUAUACAUUCUAUUUAAUAUUCGAUUAUUUUAACCAUAUAGGUGUACCACUUUCAUUCGCAAUUGCAUGUGGAGUUAUUUUUAAGCAUCUCAUUAAACAUCGUUGC